AUGGUUCUAACUGCAUUUGGUGACAUCGGUAAAUCUUCUAAGGACAUCUUCACCAAAUAUUUCAAAAAUAAUCUCGUCAACUUUGAUUUUAAGUCGAAGACCGACGAUGACGUUGAUGUUCACAUUCAAUGCAACGAAGAUAACUCUCAAAUACUUGCUUCAGCUGAUAUCACCAUUAGACCCAUUGAGGGAGUCGCACUGAAGACUAAAGUUGAUUCGAGUAAUCAACUUAUUAGUGAAGUUGAAUUUAAAAAUAAAUCGUUUGACACUCAACAUAAGAUUGUUGGAACGAUCGAUCAAAAUCUAAGCAAAAAGAACUUGAAGCUCAAGAAUUGCUUCAAAAGGGAGAAUUUCAACGCCGAAGUGGAAAUGGACUUCGCCUCAAAGUUACCAGUGACAACCGCUUCUUUGGCUGUUGGAGAUAAAGGUUAUAUUGCCGGUGCUCAAGUGAUGGUUGAUAGUGAUGGGUUUAAAGUCACAAACCAUUCAUACUCUGUUGGAUAUAUCGGAAAUAAAUUCGAAACGUACGGUUUCUUCAAUAACAAUAAGGAAGUGGAGUGGAGACUAUUUCAGUCCUAUAAGCAAUUUAGCCUAGGGUGGAUGUUUGGAUGGGCUGGUAAUCUAACAAAUACCCGGUUCGGAAUUGCUUCUCUGUACAAAAUCAACGAUGAAACUUUUGUAAAAGCGAAAGUGGAUCAGAAUUCUCGUCUUUCUCUUGCGUACGGCUUCAAACCCACACCCGAAACUCAAGUUGUGGUUUCCAUGAUCACAUCUCUUAAUCGGAACGACCCGGCUAGUAGCAGUGGUCUUACCUUUGAAAUCUCGAACUAA